AUGAUUUCACAUACAAAUAAUUACACUGAUCAACAAUAUAAUUAUUUUCCAAAGCCAUUUAUCUUGAAUAAAACUAAUACUAAUAUUAAUACUAGUGAUAAUAUUACUAAUAAAAGUAAUGAUAAUAAUAAUAAUCAUCAUCAACUAAUACACUUGAAUAAGCAUUCAUCUUCAUUUAAAUCUAUUUUAAACACUGAAACAACAUCUAAAUUAGAUCAAUCAUUCAGAACUGUUGGAAAAUACUUAAUUACUGAAAGUAAUCCAAUUUACUACUACUCAAUGGAUACGCCUAAUAAAAAUGACAAAUUAAUUUUAAAAAAGGAACUACCAAAUGUUAAGCAAAAAAUUGAUCAGUUUAACAAAAUUGCUUAUAACCAUAUGUUUAAAUCACGCAGUAAUAUUCCAAUUAUAAAGUUGAAUAAUAAUGAAUUUCCUUGGACAAAUGAACAAUUCUAUUUGAGACAAGUGAAUAAAACACCUGAUCUUUGGAAUUCUAAUGAACAACUAAAUUCAAAGUCAGUUGCUAUGUCAAAUAUAACCACCUUCUCAAACAUUAACAAUCAGCACAAUCAUGUAGGAUUUAUUGAUUCCAAUUAUGAUGCACUUCCAGUUAAAGGCAUAUUCAAAAAUGUAAAUCAAGAAUCUAUUGAACUAAAAAAUACUUUAUCAACAGAUAAACAAUAUAAGUAUCACAAGACUAAACGUGAACAUUCAUUUAUAAUUUCUAAUCAUCCAAAUGAAUCAGAUAAAUAUUCUUCUCAAACUGAACAAAAUCAACUACUCAUUGGAGGAAAAUUAGAAAAUAAGAAAGAAGAUAAUGACAGCAACAACAAUUUAACUGUAGAUGAAUUUAUAAAUAAUAAUAUAAUACAAAAUGUUAACCUGUUGUCUGAACAGUUCACACUAUACGUUUAUAGAAAUUCUAACCAAAAUUUAGGAUUUUCAGUAUCACGUUUGAACUCAUUAUUCGACGAAACUUCAAAUUAUUACGUAGUCAUCAGUGGUAUUCAACUUCCCAAUAAAAACAGUCAUUUACGAAUUGGGGACUGUAUUUUAUCAGUAAAUGGAAUAAAUUUAAUUAACAUGGAUUUAAUGAAAUCAGUUAGAUUAUUAAAAUCAACACCAUUUCCAAUUCAAUUAAAAAUACAAAGGUUGAAUAAAAUCAAUUUGUUAACUGAUAUUAACUGUGAAGAAGAUUUUCUGUCAGUCGAUACAGAUACGGAUGAAGAAGCUGAAAUAAUGACGAAAAUUAUUGACAUGGCACAAAAUUAUACUUCUACUAAGUGCACAAAAAUCAACGAACAACUUGACCUGGAGGAUAUUCAAAAUAUAAAUCUAUGUAACGUUGAAUUAACUGAGACUAAUCAUAAUACAAUAAAUGAUAAUAGAAUAACAAAAACUGUAAUACAAAGUCAAUUUGUUAAAUUAUUACGACAAAAAGUUAUCAAAUGGUUACAUAUUCAUCAAACAUUAAUUCAAUUAAAUAAAUAUAAAUUGAAACAAUUCAAUAAAGAUCAUUACAAUUAUGGUGAUGAAACUGAAGUUACAAUGAAUAAUACAGAUGAAAUGAUAUGGAAGGAUGAUAGAGUUUUAGUUAAUGUUAUAUUAAUAGAUGUAUCAUUUAAUUAA